AUGAACAAGCACGAGGGCCAAGACUCGACCCACGAAUGCUCGACCCAUCCCGGCUCCUUCUUGACCCAGACAUUGGCGGAGCUCAGUUGCGAGAGAGGACUGUGGUCUGCAGUUAGGGACGGAGACGAGCAAAAGGUGGCGAGCCUGAUCUCCAGGAAGGCAGACGUCAACGAACGAGACAGCUAUGGAUAUUCCUUGCUACACUAUGCCACGAAGAACGCGAACAUCUGCAAGUUGCUCUUAGAAAGAGGUGCCAAUCCGAAUGGAGAAACGAAGUUUGGAAAGGUAAGGCCGAUUCACCGGGCGGCCUACGCGGGCCACGCCAAGGUGAUACAGUAUCUGUCGGAAUUUGGCGCCGACGUGAACGCGCAAGAUGCCGACAACUCGACCAGCCUACACAAGGCGGCUCAACAAGGCCACUUGGAUACCGUGGCCACGCUCUUGAUGCACGGAGCGGACCCGACAGUUCGCGAUGUCAGAGGAAAUACGGCGGCGGACUUAGCAAAAAACGACCAAAUCAGGAAAAUGCUCGAAAAAAAAAAUUGA